GGUCUGUCCGUGUCGUUGGAAGAUUUGAAUAAACUUUAAAAAAUGCCAUCGAGGAAGUAUCGAUCGGUUGGAACCGAGGAGAGUGUAGUGAUUUCAGGGAUUUCCGGGCGAUUUCCGCAAACGGAUAAUGUGCAAGAUUUUGGACGUAAUCUGUUUGAGAAGCGGGAUCUGGUGGACGCCAAGGAAAUACGAAGUGCGCAUACGAUGCCGGGUAUGCCGAAGCGAACCGGCAAGGUGAACAACUUGGAUAAGUUCGAUUACGAGUUUUUCGGGAUGGACCGUCAUAUGCGCGACACGAUGGAUCCUCAGGUGCGGAUGACGAUCGAGCAUGUGUAUGAGGCCAUAUUGGAUGCCGGUGUUAAUCCGGAGACUCUACGGGGCUCGCGGACCGGUGUGUUUUGUGGUGUUUGCUUCUCCGAAACCGAAGUGCGGAUGUACUAUAUUGCAUGUCCACCGAAAGGUUUGGGGGUGCUGGGAUGUUCCAAAUCACAACUGGCAAAUCGUGUGUCGUACACGAUGGAUUUCAGAGGUCCUUCUAUGGUGUGUGACACUGCCUGCAGCAGCUCAAUGUACGCUUUGGAUUUGGCCUACAGGAGCAUAUUGAAUGGGGAAUGUGAUGCGGCAGUCGUUGCAGGGAGCAACCUUACUUUGCAUCCGUUUAUAACGUAUCAAUUCUGGCUGCUGGGAGUAUUGGCAACCGACGGAAUUUGUCGACCGUUCGAUAAGAAUGCAACGGGAUAUUCUCGAUCGGAGGCGGUCUGCGCCAUAUUUCUGCAAAAAGCCAAGGACGCUAAGCGAAUCUACGGUAAUCUGGUGCAUUCAAAAACUAACUGCGAUGGGUUUAAACCGGAGGGAAUCACCUAUCCGUCGGGUGUAAUGCAACAAAAACUUUUGAAGGAAUUCUACGACGAAGUCCACAUCAGUCCAACUGAAGUGAAUUACGUGGAAGCUCACAGCACCGGAACGUACGUUGGAGACCCGGAGGAAUGUGAUGCCAUAGACAAGGUAUACUGUGCCGGACGGAAGGAACCUCUGCUAGUUGGUUCAGUGAAAUCCAACAUCGGCCAUUCGGAGCCCUCGGCUGGCGUGUGCUCCAUAACGAAAUGUAUCAUUGCGAUGGAAACCGGUUUGAUCCCACCGAACAUUAACUUUGAAGAGGUUAAACCCUCGAUUGCUUCGUUGGUCGAGAAAAGGUUACAGGUGGUAACUGAGACCACACCUCUGACCGGCCCGCUGGUUGCCAUCAAUUCGUUUGGAUUCGGAGGAGCGAACGCACAUGCGUUACUGUGUCAAAAUUUGAAAGAGAAGAAAAAUUUUGGAUUGUCAGCAGAUGAUCUUCCUCGGUUGGUGGUUUGGUCUGGAAGAACUCGAGAGGCUGUUGAUACAAUGCUGCGGGCUAUUACGCAGCGUCCGUUGGACGUGGAGUUCACUGCCUUGGUGUACAAUAUCCAGAAGCAGGCCAUCCCUGGGCAUAGAUAUCGCGGGUAUGGGAUUUACCGGAAGAACGGCAACAAGCCAGCGAUUCUUAAAGAGUCAUACAUUGAGCGCAUUGCCCUCGAUCCUCUGCCGUUGGUAGCCAUUUUCGGUGGAAUCAAUCCGUUAUGGCGGCAGGAGCUUGAUGGGUUGAAGCAGUUUUUGUCGGUAGAAAACACUCUAGCCAAAUGCCAGGCAGUGCUUCAAACGCUAAAGUUCGAUCUGUUAAAAAAAUCACCUGCUAAGGAAUCUCUCUUGCACACCAUGGUCGGAACGGCCAUACUGCAGAUCGCCAUCGUUGAUUUACUGAACUCCAUUGGGGUAAAGUUCGACUCGUACGGUGGUCACUCGGUAGGGCAGUUCACCUGCGCCUAUCUGGAUCGCGGCUUGAGCUUAGAGCACGUUCUUCGGGCCGUAUUCUGGCAUGGAUUAGUGUACGCGGAAAGUAAGGCCAUAAGUGAAAGCACCGCUUUGGUAAAAAUUAACGCCAAGCUGGACCGACUUCCUCUGAAGGAUAUGGUCCGAAAUGCAGCCAAUUCUUUUGGAGUGCUAGCAGGCUCAAAGCAGGCUAUUUUUGAACAGAUUCGACAGCUAAAUUCAUCCGGUUUCGGGGCGGAAGAACUUUCCUUUGCUAGUCUGAGUUGUGAGCCUCCAAAGGAUGGCUCCCUGUCGAACAAGCUGCGCCAAACAAUGAACGCUGUGCUCAGCCAGAUGAUCUUACCGACGUCGAAAUGGAUCACAUCGAAACUGCCCCAAACUUCGUCAAUCCUUCACUCACCUAAACUGCACAAUUUAGUUUCGAUCGUCAACCUAUUGGAUCACAUACCGAGGCACAGCUACGUAGUGGAACUGGGCAGCCAGCAAUCCUGCGAGAAGGUGCUGAAGAUGUUGAACUACAAAUCGAAUUAUCUCCCGCGGGGACUCGAAUCACCGGAUGUUGCUUGCAAAUUACUGAGUCGGAUCGGACACAUGUACUUGACCACACAGAAUCCCCAAAUUUCGAAGCUAUAUCCAGCGGUACAGUUUCCGGUAUCACGUGGAACGGCCAUGGUAUCGCCCUUAAUUCGAUGGGAUCAUCGUGAAACGGCCUUCGUGGUUCAAUAUAAGGGUGAUGAAACGAGCAACUCGAACGCGUUGGCCUUUAAGAUCAGUUUGACUGAUCGGGAUUAUCAGUUCAUUACGGGGCACUGCAUCGAUGGUCGGGUGCUGUUUCCUGCUACCGGUUACUUGUAUCUGGUUUGGGACUUGAUGUGUUGUCUUGUGCGCCGUGAGCUGCUGCACACUCCGAUCCAGUUUGAGGAUGUACAGUUUCUGCGCGCUACGACUCUGACGAAAGAUCAAACGGUUUACCUGGAUGUGAUGCUGCAGAAGGUGUCUGGAUUCUUUGAGGUACUCGAAGGGGACACGGUCGUUGUUACGGGUUAUGCAAGGGAAAUGCCUGUUGCACCUGAGGUUAAGGUUGCUGAAAGGGAUUCUACGGCCACGGUUCUACCGACUAAGGAUUUCUAUAAAGAGCUUAGACUACGAGGUUACCACUAUUCCGGAUUUUUCAAAUCGGUUUUGGAGGCACGAGUCGAUGGAUCAGAGGCCAAAAUAGAGUGGAAAGGCAGCUGGGUAGCGCUGAUGGAUUGCAUGUUACAGGUCGGCAUCAUCGUCUCGGACACCCGUUCGCUGAUGGUACCAACGGCAAUCGAGCGGGUAACAAUCGACCCACUGCGGCACAUGGCACAGCUGCAGAAAGACACCGAUGGACGGGAGUUUUUCCCCGUCAAAACCUGCUCGGCAUCGAACGUUUCAGUGUGCGGGGGAAUAGUAAUCACAAACCCCCGGGCGAUGGUUGUUGGACGACGAAACCCGGGCGCUCCGGUGCUCGAAACGUAUCAGUUUGUUCCAUAUAACGGUCAAAAAGUGAUUUCCGCGCGAGAAGCAGUACGGAUUGCUGUUCAACUAGCGUUGGAGAAUGUUCCAACCUAUACAGUUGGAGUGACGGAGGUCCAGGUUGAAUCGCUGCCCGUGCUGUGUCCGUUGUUCGGGGAGGCGGUAGCCGAUCUUCCCUUAGUUCAGUCCAACCUGGUGUUACUGACGGGCAAUGAAGUGGAAACGAGCAACGUUCAGGUCAAAAAUGAAAAGCUGGCAGAUCAGACAAGCUGCCUGUUUGUAAUUUCAGACAACAAACUAGCCGAGUUUAGCUUUUUGCAAUCGGUCAUGUCUUGCCUGGUAGACAGCGGAUUUUUAAUAGUCCGAGAAAGUACCAAUUUCAAUGUAGAAGAAUUUAGACCACCGAACGAAUUCCAUCACAUUGCAACGUUCCGCGUUGAUCAAUCGGAAACACUGAUCCUUCUGCAGUGUAAAAGCCGUCAAUUCCUAGAAUCGCCAAUGGCCAUUCAGCUGCAUACGAAUGACUACACCUGGCUGUUGGAGCUGAAACAGGCAGUGAAAUUUAUGCCAGUUGUGGUUUACGCUCAGAAUGAUUCGACUUCGGGAAUUCUAGGGCUGGUUAAUUGUAUACGGAAAGAACCGAAACUGCAGAACGUUCGCUGUGUGUUCAUUGAUGAUCCAACGGCUCCGCCGUUUGCUUUGGAUCAUCCGUUCUACCAGAAUCAACUGAACCUGGGACUGGCGAUCAAUGUGUUCAAAGAUGGCGUCUGGGGUAGUUAUCGGCACGCGUUGCUUCCUCCAACGAAAACUGUUGGACCGGUGGAUGAUCACUGCUAUGCUAAUUGCUUAACGAAGGGGGACUUGUCCUCCUUAAUGUGGUUCAAAGGACCCUUGAAUGAGCAACCAGGAGCGACUAACAAAUUACGCGUGGUUUACAGUGCGUUAAACUUUCGUGAUGUGAUGGUUGCAACGGGAAGACUUUCUUCAGAUGUUUUACUUUCCAAUCGGCUGAACGAGGAGUGCGAGUUGGGGUACGAAUUUGCUGGAAUCACCGACGAUGGUCGAAGAGUUUUUGGUUCGGUACAAUCUGCUGGGUUGGCUACGAUUGCCACAUAUGAUCCUCAGUGGACGUGGCCAGUUCCGGACCACUGGACACUGGAGGAAGCUUGUACGGUGCCGCUGGUUUAUGCUACGGUUUACAGUGCCUUCUUUAUAUGGGCAAAAAUCCAGAAAGGUAAAUCGAUUUUGAUUCACGCCGGUAGUGGAGGAGUUGGUCAGGCAGCAAUUCAGGUUGCCCUUGCCGAGGGUUUGGAGGUUUUUACCACGGUUAGUACACCACAGAAGGCGGCAUUCUUGCUGAAGCGCUUCCCCCGGUUAGUGAAGGAAAAUAUUGGAAACUCCAGGGAUAUUUCCUUCGAGAAGAUGGUGAAACAUCAGACAAAUGGUAAAGGUGUGGAUUACGUGUUGAAUUCGCUGUCCGAGGAGAAACUGCAGGCUUCGAUAAGGUGUUUAGCCAAGGGAGGACACUUCCUGGAGAUUGGGAAGUACGAUAUGGCGAGAAAUUCUAAGAUCGCGAUGGUGUUGAUGCAGCGAGGGCUAACCUUUUCCAGUGUGAUGCUUGACUAUAUGUGGCAGGAUACUGCGAAAUUCAAUGAGCUCCAUCUCCGCCUGGGCGAAUUCUUCCAGUCCCCCGUUGUCAAGCCGCUGAAUACAACCGUGUUCGAUGCUGGUGACCUGGAGCAGGCUUUCCGCUUUUUGGCAAGUGGAAAGCACAUCGGCAAGGUGCUGCUGAAGUUGCGCAACAGUGAGUCCGAUCGCGAAACUGUGCCGCUAACGUACGUCCAUCGGGUGUACUGCAAUCCGGACCAGGUACAGGUGCUGGUCGGAGGACUCGGUGGUUUCGGGCUGGAGCUUGCCGAUUGGCUGAUCCUGCGAGGUGCCCGGAAGCUGGUGCUGAGCUCCAGCAGGGGAGUCACAAAACCGUACCAGGAGUUUAGGAUUAAACUUUGGGAAAGUUACGGCGUUAAAUUGAUGGUUUGCACUGAGGACAUAACCACCAAGGACGGUUGUUAUGCGUUGCUAAGGGAAGCUGGCAAGCUGGGACCGGUGACGGCCAUUUAUAACCUAGCAGUACAGUUGCGAGAUGGUAUACUGGAAAAUCAGACUACGGAGAAAUUUUACGAGUGCCUCGCGCCGAAGGCACAAGCGACUGGGUAUCUGGAUUUCGCUAGUCGCGAAUGUUGUCCCCAGUUGAAGCGUUUUGUGGUGUUUUCCAGUGUUUCCUGUGGACGAGGAAAUGCAGGUCAGAGUAAUUAUGGAAUGGCGAAUUCUAUUAUGGAGCGGAUUAUCGAGCGGAGGAAGGCUGCCGGGUUGCCAGCGAAGGCCAUUCAGUGGGGUGCAGUAGGAGAGGUCGGCCUUGUGGCCGAUAUGGUGGAAGACAAGGUGGACAUGGAGAUUGGGGGGACUUUGCAGCAGAGAAUCACUUCCUGUUUGCAGGAGUUGGAUACACUAUUGUCUUGCGAGGACCCAAUCGUGGCCAGUAUGGUUGUGGCGGAGAAGCGCUCCGGUUUUGGAUCGAAGAACAUCAUUGAAGCUGUGAUGAAUAUUAUGAACAUUCGCGAGCUGAAAUCCGUAUCGAUGGAGAGCACGCUGGCGGAUAUCGGGAUGGAUUCGUUGAUGGCGGUUGAGAUCAAGCAAGUUCUCGAGCGGGACUUUGAUCUGGUGCUAUCACCGCAGGACCUACGUACGUUAACCUUCUCCAAGUUGGUUAAGUUAGAUGAGAAAAAGAAACAAGCGGAUCAGGACGGAGCAGGGAAGGAGGACAAAGCUGAUGGCGAAACGGUAUUUGGUGUUGAUGUGUUGCUGGGAAAUUUUGGCACUGAAAAACACAGCGAUCAAACUAUUCUUCGACUGCCUUCGGCUAGCGAUGUUGGUCGGCCAGUGUUGAUCAUUCCGGGUUUGGAGGGAGUUGCCACUAACAUGUGGAACGUGAUAGCGGAGAAGAUUAAUGCACCGGUAUUUAUGCUGCAACUGCUUAGUACCCACGAGUGCGACAGUAUUCCGGAGAUUGUGGAUUGUGUGAUUGAAGAGUUGUGCAGUACAUUAUUUAGUCAGCAUGACAAUUAUGCGAUCGUUGGUUACUCCUUCGGUUCUCUGGUAGCAGGAGAGAUCGUCAAGCGUUUACAAGCGAGAAACAAGCAGGGCAAACUUCUGCUGCUGGAUGGUGCUCCAAAGUAUAUGAAGCUCCUAUCACUCCAGCAGAUGGGCGACACUCCGGAGAAAAUCCAAAAGAAACUCAUGGCUCUCAUCAUUUCAUUUGCCCUUCCUAACGAACCCGUAGAAAAGUUGCUUUCUAUCAUGCAGGCAGCGACGUUCCAGGAGCAAACGGAGAAGCUGAUCGAACUGAGCAAAGGACAAAAAAUUUACUCGGCAGAAUACACCCGAAAAAUGACGAAGGCCCUCUACAAGAGAAUUCGUAUGGCGGCGCUGCUCAAUCUGGACGUUGGUCGACCGUUGAACGUUCCGAUCGUGCUGAUACGACCGAGUGCGGCUUUCCAUCUGGACAUCGAGAGUGAUUACGGGCUGUCCGAGUACACGAGCGGAUCGGUGUCGCUGCACACGAUCGAGGGUAACCACAAGACAAUGGUGGAGAAUCCCGAACUGGUGGAGAUUAUAAAUAGCUUCAUUCUGUAGGCCCCAUGCUAAUCAAUUGGUGUACUUAUGCGUAGAGUAAUGUCAAUAAAUGUAAGUGAAAUGCAGGGCGCA